AGGGACAAACAUCAGAGAGCGAGUUAGCUGCUGCUGCGUUUAAAGAUUAAACAGUUAAAUGUUAUAAAGUUUAAAGGUUUGAAUGUUUGUUUAGUGACUCAGAGAGAUGUGCUGAAGCUGCUCCUCCUGCUGCGGACUGAGAGUGAUGAGGAAAAGGACCAACUCUCUGACCGACACCGGAACCGGAACCGGGACCGGCGGCUCUCUGCUUGACAGCGACCCGGACCUGAAGCAGCGUCCCAGUAGAGGAGCAGCGGGGCCCGCAGCAGAGGACCGGGAGGAACCGGGGGAGGACCGGAGCAUGGCCAAACCGUUCAGGAGGUUGGGUCUGCUGGGGAAGCUGAAGAGAACGAUUCUGUGGCUGCUGCUGCUCUACGUCUCCAUCCCCUUCAUCAUCAAGCUGUGUCCCUCCAUCCAGGCCAAGCUCGUCUUCCUCAACUUCGUGAGGAUGCCGUUCUUCAUCGACCUGAAGCGGCCCCUGGACCAGGGAUUGAACCACACACACAACUUCUACCUGGAGCCUGAAGCUGGUCUCAAGAUCGGAGUCUGGCACACAGUUCCUGCUCAGAUGUGGAGAGAGGCUCAGGGGAAACAAGGUGACUGGUUUGAUGCCACACUGAGCUCCGCCCAUCCUGUAAUCCUCUAUCUCCAUGGCAACGCUGGGACCAGAGGAGGAGAUCACAGAGUUCAACUGUACAAGGUUCUCAGCUCGUUAGGAUAUCAUGUGAUCACGUUUGAUUACAGAGGAUGGGGGGAUUCAGACGGCUCUCCAUCAGAGGGGGGGAUGACUUCAGACGCUCUCUUCAUCUACGAUUGGUUGAAACAGCGGCUGGACAAAAAAAGACCCCUUUACAUCUGGGGACACUCACUGGGAACAGGAGUUGCCACAAACCUGGUGAGACGACUGUGUGACAGAGGAAGUCCUCCUGACUCUCUGAUCUUAGAGUCUCCGUUCACCAACAUCAGAGAAGAAGCCAAGAGCCACCCGUUCUCCAUGGUGUACAGGUACCUGCCGGGCUUUGAUUGGUUCUUCCUUGACGCCAUCACAGCGAACAACAUCCGAUUCGCCAGCGAUGAAAAUAUGAAUCAUAUCUCCUGUCCCGUGUUGAUCCUCCACGCUGAGGAUGACAGCGUCGUCCCGUUCCACCUCGGCAAGAAGCUCUACACUCUGGCGUCUCAGUCGAAGACUCUGAUUGGACACAAAGUUCAGUUCGUCCCGUUUCCGUCGUCUCUGAACUACAAACACAAGUUCAUCUACAGGAGCCCAGAGCUGUCAAACAUCCUCAGUGAUUUUUUCGGCACAGCUGAUCCCAACACACAGUGACGAGGACCUGAAGGAGCACACACACACACACACACACGCACACACACACACACACACACACACACACACACACACACACACACACACACACACUCACACACACACACACACAAAUACACACAGAUGACAGUUUGUUUCUCGCAUGAACUAAACACAUCAUUCCUUUUCCGUUAGCAUUCCAGCACACACACAUUAAUACACACACACACACAUUAAUACACACACACACACACGCAGCGGCCAGGGUUGCCACGGCGACGGCGCGGUGUGUUCUCUGCACUGUACGUGAGGACGAUCAAACCAAACGAGGCGAAGAGGAGAAAAAAAUCCGUUUUUAUCUUUUAAAGAUUUAAUUUGUGUGAUUAAGAUUCUGUUUCCUGUCGUCUGAUUGGUCGGUUUUAAUCUUUGGGGGCGGGGUUUCUGAGGCCUGUUAUGACUUGAAUUAUGAAUAAAAUCUGGU